AAAACAAUGGCUUACAAAGAUAUGAUGGAAAUGCCUGGAGUGCUGAAACCAGCACUCCUGCUUCUCACACUUCUUCAAAUUAUCUUUAUGGCUUCACCAGGAGUCCGUGGAUGGUUUUGGUUCAUUUGCCUCACAUCGAUUCUGGAAUUUCUCGCGGCUAUCGCAGUUGUUGCAGUUGUUUUCUUAGAUUUAACUUUUACAAGAUCGGGACAGUUUGUGAUUAUUGAACUCGCAUACAGUGGAGCAUUCUGUGUAUGCAGUGCUCUCAACACUAUUUACUAUUUUUGCAAUAUCUUCUAUCAUUUCAAUUUUUGGUUCCUUUUGGCAACUAUUGUAUCGGUACUUCUUGUACUAGCAUAUGGUCUUCAAGCACUCAUGGCUUGGACUUCAAUGUCUGCUUCAAGAACUUCUUCUUCACACACUUCAAACCAAGCAACUGCUGGACCACCACCAACAGUCUAUCCAGCCGGAGCCAACCCUGCAUAAGCUUUGAACAAAAACGAAUUUUAACGGUUUAUAGCUCUUAUUUAUUUUUUAACGAGACAUCACAAAAACCCCUUCUUUCUCACUCUUUUCUCUUGCUCUCCUACAUUUGACAUGUUGACAUUUUUGAACAAAAUAAAGUGUUUCCUUU